AGUGCUGAUGAGGCAAAGGCUGGAGGAGAGGUGCUGACUGCUUGGCGAUGGAGGCGUGGGACCUAGAAUGUCUCACGUACGCACUCAGCCCACAAAGGACACAGAGGUCACAGUCUGUACUACAUACUGCUCUCAUUCUAGCUGAACUCCAGCCUCAUCCCCACCCUCGUUUGAACUCGCGUCGUGUCAGACCUGUACUUCAGGAUGGACUUUGGAAACGGCGCCCGCUGUGAAUAAAAUCUCCCUUAGAUCGAUCCCACGAACUUCCGCUCUGCACCACGUUCAGAUUUCGAUUAAAUGGGAACAGAACCUUGUGAAAUAAAUGUUACAUGUGAUGGGACAUUUUCAGAGCAAUCAGAUAUUGUGGGUGGUGGGUAUUCAAGCGCUCGCAGGUCUGAGAGUUGGUUAAUGGACAGGCAACAGAGAGCACAGGGAAGGGGUGAACCACCUCAAACUGGGGUGACACGAUUAGUGAAGUUCCACAGGGACCUGUAUCAGAACCUCUUUGUACUUUUUAUCGAUGUUAUAAUGUUUAUAUCACUGUAACACUUAGUAGAAUAGUCAGGUUUGCGGAUAAUGCAAAAUAGGUAGAUUAUCAAACACUAAAACUUGAAAAACAUAUCCAAAGAUGUAUAUAAUCCUAGACUGGGGAUAUGCAGAUAAUGUUCAGUGUAGACCAGUGCAGAGCAUUACAUGCAGGUACAAACAGGAAACGCCGAGGCUACUUCUGAGAAAAACGUAAGAGUUUAUGUGGGCCAUUUCUAUAUUCUAGGUACAUUGGGGAAGCAAUUUUACUAGUGACACUAGUCAGACCUCAUUUUGGGUCAUGUGUAAAGUUUUGGUGAUCACAUUCCAAAAAAAGAUAUUCCUGCUCUGGAAUUAUUCCAGAGAAGAGCGGGGAUCUCCAGUCCUGCUCCUGGGGGGACCUGCAGGGUUCAUAACACCCUGAGCCAGUUCAACGGGCUUCUCGCAGUUAGAUGGGCCCAGUCUGUGGUGUUCGAACAACUCCGCUCUCCCAGCUGCACGGUUCUUAAAAAGAACCUUGUGAAACCUGCGCUGACUCAGUGAAACUCGGCUGUACUAGUCUAUACUAGGGUUAGAGCACAAAACCACAAAGCUGCAUCCACAGCUAAUUGCGUAGAGUAUAGCGCCAAAACACCGCCAGGACAAAGAGCGCCUUCGGAUCGGAUUCGGAACUUUAAGAGCUGCCCUGUCAGUCCGCGUCUCUGAACAUUUAUUUAAAUGAGUGUCUAAAAACUCCCAGUGAAGAUAAAAGCAUUCUUUCAUUACAAUUCCGAGCAGAGAGAGGCCCUAAGGAGCAAUGUCUCAAGAGAUCUUUCACCAUGCUUGAAACGGACUUUCCUCACUACCUCCGCUCACGUCUCGGCGAGAAUUUAUCCUCGGCUCAAAUCAGACACCCCUGAAACAAACCAGUUUAGGCACUGCCGCACCUUUCAGGUUAAUCGCAGCAUGUGAAACCACAGCUUGCAGGCACAGCCGAGAGAUGGUAAUCUGCGAGCCAUGUGUGCACUGAAUUUGCAUGAAUGCUGCCAAAGUCCUGAGCCGCUGUUCUGCUGACUGCGGCGUCUGCACACGUCCCAAGAGACCGGGCCAGGCCUGCUCUCGCCCAGCCAACAGCUGCUGGGCGAUGCUGACGGUCUUUCGAUUGGCUGUCAAAGCAGAGGUGCAAACGGCACCUCACUCUUUGUGCACUUCCUCUCUCCUACGUACAGUACAGUGUAAAUACUUGCCGCCUGCCCACGGCUCUGUGCUCACCUUUCCUAGCUCCCCUCCCUCCUCCCCAGCUGCACCCUUGUAGCUGCCUCCCUAGCUCAUUCCUUGGAGCUGAGGGCUGUGUGACAGCGCUGAUCUCCAGCCAGUUGUACUGAAUACACUGUCCCUUUUAUAUUCCUUGGCUCAUUUCGUCCUUGGUAGAAUCUGGCCAGCUCUUCGCUGAGCUGUUUGCUGAUGAAACUAAAUGCUGCUUUCACUCGCAGGGCACCAUGUAAAAAAAAAAUCUAACAUCCAGGUCCAUCAUACCCAAGCGCAGCUUGGACAACAGCUGCCUCACUCACACACACACGUCUGCUCUCAGAGCUGCACAGGCCUCAGCCUCACCGGAGCACAAGGAAGAAAUGUGUGCACCCAGGUGCGUGGAGACAGAAACUUGGGGUCCUCUCUCUCCCCCUUUUCCCUCCGAGAUCUCCGUCUCCAGAGAGAGUUCCUCGGAGCGCCGUGGACAGCGGCUCCUCUUGGUUGUGAUGUGGGAACACCGCAAGCACGGUCAGAGGUGAGGGGCGGCCAGCCCCAACUGGGACGUGCUCUCCGAGCCCCGCCGUGUGGCUUGUGGUCACACGCACACCCCGGUCGAGGGGGAGACCACCGCUCAGAGCGACAACUGGGUCAGAGGAAGAGCCGCCCCCCCGGGCCCUGACCGUGAGGGGAUCAUGGCCACCAGCCUUGGCGGAGCCACAGACAUUCGUCCACCAGGGACCGUCUCCAAACUGGCGCCCAACAAAUCCGGCAGGACCAGCGCAGGAGUGUCCAGAAGAGGAGCAGUAUGGCGCGGGUUAGUUUCGAUCGCACGCCUGCAGGUUUGCCUGGCCUGGCCUGGCCUGACCUGACCUGGCGAGGCACUCUGGAAGCUUCUAGAACAGGGGUUCCUCAUUCUGACCCUGGAGAACACACACACACACCGCUGUUGUUCAUUCCAGCCCAGCUUCGUGACCUCACUGAACUCUCCACUGAACCAGCAGCCCCCCGGGAAACUCGUUUUUCAUUACGCGCGGACAGUUCUGCAACGUCUCCCCCAGCGAAUAAUGAGGGCUAGUAGGUGUAUCGUUAAUACAACGUUAAACAACAGAACUCUGCGUGCCUGUCGCGGUAGUUAUUUUAACAUAACACGACGCGUUAGGGAACCGGGCCUUAAUUUUCUAUUUUACACAGAAUUUAAAAAGGCCAUUUUCAGUUCGUCGUGCCACAUAAAGCAGAAGAAAUUCUUAGAAACGGGUUGCGCGGACGCGUGUUUGCCGCACAAAUUACACAAGUGAUGAAGACGAUAUUUAUAAACAUCACAAGAGUAGCGAGGCUUUAAUAGUAUGACGCUGUACAGCUGAACGUCCCCACCGCCACCACGGCUUCAAAACCACCAGUGGGAGAAACGUGACCACUUCAGGGACAGAUACCUCUAUCAAAGUGGGGCUGCAACACCGGCAGACACAGACCGAAGGUAAACAAAACCAUGCCUUCGCCAAAAGCAAAAAACAACAGCGGACGCAGCGGUAGCGUACCGGGAAUCGGUAACAACGGCCGUUACGAGUUCAUGUCUCUAAACCGGACCCCCUCGCCGCACCUGCUGCAGCGGCAGGGCUCGGACCCCACGUCGGCCCGCCUCAGAGCCUCCGAGAGCCCGACCCGUCGACGAGGCUCCGGCUCCUCCAACGCCUCCUCGUCUUCCGCAGCCGGGGGGCCGCCGCUGCCGGAGGAGGACUGUAUGCGCCUGAACCCGUCCUUCAUCGGCAUCGCGCUGAGCUCCCUGCUCGCCAUCGACCUGUGGCUGUCCAAGCGCCUGGGGGUGUGCGCCUGCGAGGAGUCGCCCUGGGGCAGCAUGCGUCCUCUCAUGAAGCUCAUCGAGGUCUCCGGCCACGGCAUCCCCUGGCUCGCCGGCGCAGCCUACUGCCUGUACAAGAGCGACAGCGCCGCCGGCCAGGAGGUCAUGCUGAACCUGCUCCUGGCCCUGGUCCUUGACGUCAUUCUGGUGGGCACGGUGAAGGCCGUGGUCCGGCGGCGCCGACCCGCGCACAACCGCAUGGACAUGUUCGCCACCUUCUCCGUGGACCGCUACUCCUUCCCCUCGGGCCACGCCACACGCGCCGCCAUGUGCGCCCGCUUCCUGCUGGCCCACCUGGUGCUGGCGGCGCCGCUGCGGGUCCUGGUGCUGCUGUGGGCCACGCUGGUCGGGCUUUCUCGGGUCAUGCUGGGCCGGCACAACGUCACGGACGUGGCCUUCGGGUUCGGCAUGGGGUACUGCCAGUACAACCUGGUGGAGGCGCUGUGGGUCUCCCCCGCUGGGCUGCAGAGCACACUGGGACUGUGGGGCUGAGCAGGAGAAGGAAGGGGGGAGAGGGGUGGGGAAAGGGAUGGGUAGAGAUGGGAAACAAGAGGAUGGAGAGGAAGAGGUUCAGCGCACCAUGGUGGUGUCAGCGCUUGCCUCAAGUCUGAACGGAACACACCUGGUAUUAAGGUUUGGUGGUGCCAAGGUGGGAUUUUUACUGUGCUCAUUCCAAUUUUCCUGUAAAUCUACAUAUAGUCCAGGUCUCUAAGUCAAAAGAUGUGCCUGUUUUGUGUGCAUGAGGGAGCGGGGAUAUGUUUGUUGGGCUUGAGGUGAUCGGACCAGGGAGUGUAUAUGUACCCAGAUGAUGGAGAGAAGGGCUUAUCCACUUGUUCGCUGAGAUAACUUAAUUCGGAUAAGGAGAGAAGGGCUCAUCCACUUGUUCGCUGGGAUAACUUCAUUCGGAUGAGGGGGAACUGUAGUAAUUCGUAAUUCGCGGUUCAUCACAAGGCACACUCCAGGCCAGCUUUACUCCUCUUCAUACCAGAGCUGAGAAGAGAGAGAAAUGGACAUUCUUGCAUCACAAGAGUAAUUCGUUUCUCACUUUAUCAGAAACAUCCGUGAUGAGCUCCAGCUGGACUGUAGCUGGCUUUGUGGUGUUUGAUCAGAGCUUUAAAACCAAGCGUACCUAAAUCAGAGUGAAAUCAAUAAACACUUAGGGCCCCUACCUACAUGUUCAUUCUCCCCCUGCCCCCCAACACUACAUCCUAUUAGACAUCUGUUUUUUUAAUGGUGCUUAAAGUGGGUUGUCACAUUUACAGUGUCUUUGUUUUUUAUAUGAAGUGGUUCUUUUUUUUUCAUAGUGAAGACAAACGAUGGUUAAACUGAAAAGCCAGCUUUUUACUUGUUCAAGUAUCGGUAAGUCUGUUUUUUUUCCCCUUAGUCUCCUAGGGAGGUCAGUAUCGUUCAUGUGCGACAUUAUUGCAGACUUGUAUUUUGAUACAACUUUUAUCCAUUUUAAAAUCCUGUAAAUGCAUUUUAUGUUGUAAUUAUAAAUACAAUUCCACAUACUGUAUGCUGUAAGGCAGGGGUCGGCAAACUACGGCCCGCGGGCCAAAUGCAGCCCGCUGAACUUUUCUGAGUGGCCCGCAGCUCACUACUGUUUACCGAGAUCUGCUGCUCUCUCUCAGCACUAACGGUCAAUUGCAGAACAACACCUAUUGCACGAUGCAUUUUACUUUUAGCCUAUCAGAUGUUACCUUUAGCCUAGGUUACAUACGCCUGUUGCUACAGCUGAUUCUUACUGUAAAUUCAUCUGAAUUUUUGCUGCUGCGAUUGGCUCAGUAACACAAGUGAUGUCUAGUGUACGCCAUCUUGUUUGAAAGCAGGUAAUGAUUUCAAACAGUUCUAAAAGAACAAGAGGCUAACUGUAAGGCUUUACAUGUAAGAUGCUAACUGUAAGGCUUUCCUGCCAUGUCUGAAAAAAGAAAGAUCGAUGCAGAGGGUUGAAAAUUCAGUGACAAGCGGUUUAGAAGACUACUUUUGUGUCCCAUGGAAAGAAAAGGCAAUGUGUCUUAUUGCUGUGAUUAAAGAAUACAACAUAAAAAGGCGUUACGAGAAAACAUCAGGCUAAGUUUUCGGAAUACACAGGAGAUGACAGAGGGAAAAAUCAGAACAGUUGAAAAAGUCGCUAUAGGGGCAGCAGAAACUGUUCAAGAGAAAACUCGAAGAAUAUGUUGCGGCUGUCCGAGCCAGUUAUUGGGUAUCACAACUUCUAGCAGCAGCUGGCAAACCCUUCACGGGCGGAGAGUUUAUUAACCAGGGUAUGCAAGGUCACGGAGGAGAUGUGCCCAGAGAAACGCAACCUAUUCCUGUCGUUGAGUUUAUCGGCUAGAUAGAGGAUUUCACUCAGGCGACCCAGCAAGGUUAGUAAAAAAAAAAAUGUUAGUGGCCCUUGCUCUAAAAAGUUUGCCGACCCCUGCUGUAAGACAUUAAAAUGUGUCGGGUUCUGUUGGUUCCGGUUCUCAUUUGUUGAUCUUUUAAUGCCUUGCAGUAUGUAAACGUGAAUAAACACAGAUAGUAAAUUAAAUCAGUCAGCCCACUGGCAGCUGUGGAGCUGCAUCAGCGGGAAUCUGCUUUCCUCAGCGUGGGUAGGUCCUACGGCCUGUUUCAUCAUUGGCAAUCGGGCACAGAGAAUUACUUGCUGUGCUGAUGUGUGUAACUGCUCUUCGGCUAGGUUUUGUAUUUUAAGAGGAAUGUCUUUGCUUUUGAAGUAUAGCUGUGAUUUUACAACAGGUUCUGCAGCGAUUUCCUUUUCCUACAAGGGCCUUGCCAGUGAGGUGCCAAUACGAAUGUUUAAGUUUUGAUUUUCAUUUGCAAAGUGCCUUGGGAUUGUCCCGAGAGAUAUGAUCUCUUUUUUUUGCACUUUUUUUAAGUGGCUGUUAGUAUGCUUGAUCCAUACUGCUCCAAAGGAAAGCAAGCAUUCCAGCUGGUGAAAAUAUGAAAUUGUUAGCGGGAUAUGGCCAGGUAUCGCAGGAGAGAGACAACAGCAAACAGGGCCAUAACCAAGCACAUUGUGCAGACAGUGCAGCCGAGAUGCACGGUUGUGCGUGGGUAGUUUUCGCUGGAACAGCUGUUGACCUUGGGAGGGUCCGCUAGUGACGUGACCCAGGCUCGAACCCGCCAUCGUAGAGCUUUGGCAAGAGCCUUUCCAGCUGUUCAUCAUCCCUGCCACACCGCUGAAGAGUCCGAGUCUGACGGCAUGCUGGGAGCCUGCCGGGAGGUGUGGUCUCCCCGCCUCUCGCUAACAUCGCUGGUGGCCUGUGGGCCCGUGGCAAGUUCCUGAAGGAGCAGUUGCACUGCCCCUCUAGCCCUGGCUUCACUCUGCCAGGUGUGCCAGCUGUGAUCCGCAGCCAGAGGAAUCUUGCCAGAGAGCUCAGCCUGCACCCUGAAGCUGGGGGAAUCCCGCAAGUGACCCCGGCUGGAAUGAGCCAUGUCACAGCCAGAGAGCUCAAUCUGCACCCCGUCUGAGCACUGCUGCUGGUGGAGACACCUGGGAAAACCCCUAUGUUUCUUAUUAUCUUAAACUUUUCAGGCCAAUUAAUGAUGAGGCUCUUUCGAUAACGGUUCAACUACUUUGCAUCCCAGAGCACACGUCCUCCAGGGCUCUUUGCUCUAAACAGGUCAGUGCAUUGUAGUGUUUGUCACCAGUUCCUUCCUGCCAGGCCUGGGACAGCGGCAGUAGGGGUGCAGUCGAGGUUCAGCUGUGGAGCACCUUAACAUGUACAGUACUGGUCAAGCUGAGUGUGCUCUUCCACAGAGCAGAGGAAGCUGGUGAGCAGAGCUGAGGACAGGACAGGUGGCCGUCAGUGGCUUGCAUGGCAGAUGCAGUACAAUGUGACAUGUAAGAUAAGGAGUGAUAAUGCUAUUAAAUAAUCUGCUUUCUUGGAAAAUGACUUAACUGCAUAGAGAGCUGUGUCAGGGGGUGUGAACUAGAGUGAAACCUUCCUUAAUCUGAGAUAAAGUAGGAGGGUUUGUGUUUAGAGACCACUUCUUCUUAGUUUCCAUCCUGGAGUCUUCCGCCAUCUUCUGCUGUAGCUUCUGAGCUUAAUUACAUUUGAUGACCAAACGAAUUCCUUUAGUUAGGCCCUUUUCUGCUGUUUUCUGCACAGUGGUUUCAGAAUGCUCUCUUUUAGGUUUGUUGUCACCAAGAAAUCUAGCUAGCAGAUGUGUUGGCUUAAUGAAUGUUAUUCCAAUGUGUAAUCAUGGGUGGGAACUCUGCUACACUUUGCUACACUGUUUCACUACAAUUAUAUAAAUAAAUAAUUCUGUAUAACGAAGGUCCCAUUCAGGCCAGACCAGAGCAAACGCUAACAAAUACUGUAAAGUGUGACCAUCUUGAUGUUCUAACGUGGGUGUCAGGAUCAGCCUACUGUGAAUCUGCUAGAACUGCAAGGCAGCUACGUGUCCAGGAAUACUUGAGUUCAUUUCAUAACCAUGAUUAUUUAUAUGCACUUGAAGUUGUGAAAUGGAUUGUAAAAAAAAAAAACAGUGACAAAGUCCAGCUCCUCAAAUCGCUUCCAGAAUGAGAAAGAGUGGGCAGAUCCAGCCCUCCCACAAUGUGCAGUCUGAUUUCUGCACAGUAUGUUGUGAAAGAGCCUGAUGCCUGGGAACGGUUGAUUGAAGUGUUAGGUCAGCCUCAUUUCAGGACUUCAGGAUUUAGGAAAAGCAUGCAGUCUGAGGUUCCCUGUGCUGACUUUACCAUGUGCAUUGUGAAGAUUAGUAGUUUAUAUGCUACAGACAGCUAGGGAAACUGGUUUAGUAGCUGUGGUUCUUUAAUGGUUUGUGAAGCAUGGGUGAUGUCCAAAAUUGCACCCAUUGUAGAACGGGGUGCCACUCGCAGUGCCCUGGUGGCCCGAGUCCGCCCUGUGUCAGACCUUCCUUACUGCGCUACUCCACACAUGUGGGCUAAGUCGACAUGGGCAUCCAGGACAUUGCUAUGAACGUGUUGCAUCUUGGUGCACUCACAUGUAAAUAUUUCCAAACAAAUACUGACCUGCAAUAAGUGAACAGGCACCAAUUUGUAAUACUGUGAUAAUAACUCUCGCUGUCGUUGUUAGUGCUUUCCGGGGUGGCCUGUGGGUGGAUCCCUUCACAUCUCAUUAUGGUGGUAAGAAGGCAGUGCUGUAUCUCCACCAGGUAAUGAUGCAGGGAAUAAGGUCACCUUCCCAUCAUCCCUUCUGUUCUGGUGGGAAACGUUGA